AUGUCUAAUGCAUUUCGAGUGAAAGCCGGUCGUGAUGGACCCAUCAAAGCAACAUUUUCCGAAUCGAUUCGUCAACUAGCUAAAUCCUAUUAUCCGUACAUCUAUUCCGAUAGUAGGAAUAUUUCUAAACCAGUGGUUGAUCUACAAGCCGCUUUUGAGAUAUGUACGGAAUCUUUAGAAGAAUACGAUCGUGUUUCGAGUGAAAUGAGCAGCCUGAGUUACUCAAUAUUUGGUCUUGAGCAAGCGCUUUAUCGAGCCAUGACAGAACUCAAUAUUAUUCGGGAAGAGGUUGUAGAUCUGAUGAAUGCACUACGUACGAGUGAGAAAUUCAAUCUACGCUUGUUAGAUCAACUUUCAGUUAUUGAGGAAUCCAUUCAGAAUGGCGUAGAUUCCAGUCGAAGUGUCCUAUCUGCCAAUCGCACCCCAACGUCUACUGUGGGACUGUCACCGGAUCACUAUAUGAUUCCUAAAUGUACCCGUGAAAAUUUGGAAGCUAUAAUUGAAGCAGGAAAACCAGGAUCAUACAAUACAAUCGGAAUGGACGUGUUGCUAAAAGACAAACUGUCACCAGAUAUGUCACGUCUUCAGUGGCUUACUCAAAUUCAGCGUGAUUUAGCACACCGACAUGCGGAAUUUAGUUUUCUUCUGAUCAGUCUAUGGUCGGAACAGGUGCGGGAUAACUUUCACCUGGCUACGCGUAAAACUGGUUGCCUUCCAGGUGGACAAAAAACAUCUUAUGAUCGACGACGUAGCCGUGGUGGUGGAGAUGAAGAGAACAUGCUUCGAAUGGCUAGUUCCGCCAAAAUAGACGAACUGCCCACCGUAGUGCAAACCAUUCAAGGUCGCGUUUUUGAACUAGGUGGUAUGAUUGUGGACGAACUGAAUCGUUUACGUGCAGCAUUUGAGGAAACAAAAUUGCAACACAAAACUCUAAAUACCGAAUUAGGCGAGCGUCGGCGCCAGCUAAUUGAGAGUUUGUUAGCCACUCACAGUGCUGUGCAAACAUUGCUGGAUUUAGAUGAAAGAAACGAUGCACUGGUUGGCAAAUUGGUGAAAACGCGACCAUUGUUUGCCGAUCUGUAUCGUAUCGUGCAAAACGAAACAAUGACAGAUGAACCAAGGACCACAGCUCCAUUACAAAGUCUGGCUGAAGUACUGGGUCCACAGAAUUGGAAAACAUUUGUGGAUCAGUUGGGGCGUUUACGUAUGAACGGAUUAGACGAUGCGACCGAGCUUGAUUAG